CUUCCGCGUGUUUGCUCGGCUCCCCCGCACCGGCGUGCCCUGAAGUCCGGUGAGUGGGGGAAAGCGAAGCGGAGAGGGCGCUGGGGAAGGGGAGCCGCGGGCUGGGCUUGGCUGAGACAAUAGCGCCACCUACAGCUCGCGGCCCAGAGCCGACCAAGCCGCGGGGCUGGAGUGCUCGGUGAAACGACGCGGACUGCAGCGCUUCUCCCGGCAGCUCGCCCCAGUCUGGCUCCUCGCUCAGCCACCUCCCCCGCGGCUUUGUCCCUGCUCCGCUUCCCGGCUCUCUUGGCGUCUCUUUGCUGUUUGAUCUCCUGCCUCUUCCCCAGCCCAGCGCUCCCCGAGUGGCUCCCUCUUCCCUGAAUCAGGACCUCUGCCAUCCAGAGUCACAAAGAGACAUUCUGGACAUAUCCUGCACACACAAACUUAAGAUUCUAACUGACUGGAGAGUCUGUGGAAGUUACCUGCUUGUUACCGUAUCUAUGAGCAGCCUCGGGCCUAUAGAGAUGGUUCCACAGGGUCUGAGGCAGCGGGGAUCGUGCACUGAUCCACACCUGUCAUCAUGCAAGUGAGUGAAGAAGAUUCUUUUGGCUAUAAAAAAUGAAGAGUCUACUCUUUCUGGUGCUGAUUUCUAUCUGCUGGGCUGAACAUACUGGCAACUACACUCUGGAGCAUGACAGAAUUAUUCACAUCCAAGAAAAUGGACCCCGUCUACUUGUGGAAGCAGAACAAACUAAAGUCUUCUCGCACAGGGGUGGCAAUAUCACACUACCGUGUAAAUUUUACCGUGACCAUACAUCAGCUGGCUCAGGAACCCACAAAAUCCGUGUCAAGUGGACCAAACUCACCUCAGAUUACCUCAAGGAAGUGGACGUCUUUGUCGCAAUGGGACUCCACCAGAAGAGUUAUGGAAACUACCAGGGCAGGGUGUUUCUGAAAAAAGGCAGUGAAAAUGAUGCUUCUCUUGUAAUCACAGAUAUAACACUGGAGGAUUAUGGGAGAUAUAAAUGUGAGGUGAUUGAAGGAUUAGAGGAUGACAUAGCAGUGGUGUCUCUGGAUUUACAAGGUGUUGUAUUCCCUUACUUUCCACGUCUGGGUCGCUACAACCUAAACUUCCAUGAGGCUCAGCAAGCUUGUCUGGACCAAGAUUCUGUUAUCGCCUCCUUUGACCAAUUGUAUGAAGCAUGGAGAUCGGGGCUGGAUUGGUGUAAUGCAGGCUGGCUCAAUGAUGGAUCAGUUCAGUACCCUAUCACCAAGCCCAGAGAGCCCUGCGGAGGAAAGAACACAGUGCCUGGAGUCAGGAAUUAUGGGUUCUGGGAUAAAGAUAAAAGCAGAUAUGAUGUUUUCUGUUUUACAUCAAACUUCAAUGGCCGUUUUUACUACCUAAUACACCCAACCAAGUUGACCUAUGAUGAAGCGGUGCAGGCCUGCCUUAAGGAUGGAUCCCAGAUUGCUAAAGUAGGCCAGAUAUUUGCUGCCUGGAAACUUCUAGGAUAUGAUCGCUGUGAUGCCGGCUGGUUGGCUGAUGGCAGUGUCCGCUAUCCAAUCUCGAGGCCAAGAAGACGCUGCAGUCCUGAUGAAGCAGCAGUGCGCUUUGUAGGCUUCCCAGAUAAAAAACACAAGCUAUAUGGUGUCUACUGUUUCAGGGUGUACAACUGAAAGUACCUAGAGCACAACAAUUUUAAAUUCAUUAAGAACAUGUGAAAGAUUUCUUUUCAAUACGAACUCAUGCAAGUUACCAAAACUGUGAUAAACCUUUUUUACUUACUGUAAAGAGUCAUUUUCAUAAGUCCAACCCUUUAAUUUGAUUUUGUUUUGUUAAUUCAACAGAUAUUUUAAAUUAAUAUAAUUGAAUGAAAGCUCUAGGUAAGGAAGCUUUGGAGCCAAACUCUUUAAGCCACACCAUCCCAACGAAGUAUAUUUUUCAUGAAUGGGGCAUGCAAUAGCUUGACAAUUGCUAGGACUAAAUUAAGGAAUGUAAGGCUACUCAAAGCAGAAGGUUUUACAAGCACAAAUUUUACACAUUUGUACCAUUUUGAGAUGCACUACAGAAAAUUAGAUCGGCAGUUUUGAAAUACGGUAAUUUUUUCUUAACGGGUUCAGUGAGGUUUUGCAAAAUAAAAAAAACAAAUAUUUUCACAGGGGGACACUAUAUACAGUUUGAUGAAAACAGCAACUCAAACAGUCCACAAAAUAGGACUUGUUUUACCAUUUAAAAUCUUGCCUUCCAGAAAAAUAAGCUCAUACGUGAGCCAAUGCAUAGCAAAAAGCACAACUAGAUCUCCUGAACAUUUCAAUUGUGUUUUUAUUGUGUGUAAAACAUUGAUGAGUGGGUGAAUAAUUAACUAAUGAGUGAACCCUAUUUUCUUCUUAAUUCAAACUGAAGAUGCCUGAGAAGUGUUGUAUUACCUUUGAGUAGCUUUACUGAGUUAUUUUUAAACUCCAAAGGCCAUUUGCUAAGCAGCAUUUAGCAUCUACUCAGGGCAGUUGUAUAGAUGAACUGCUGGACAGACAAAUUGUAAAAUUUAGCAGCUUGAUUUUAUGUUAGCCUUUGAAAUGUUAUUGUCUUUAUAAAAAACAAAUAUUUCUGUUAUUUACACAUCAUGAAAGAUAAACAUUUGGAAAAAACACAUUAAAAAUCAAUACAGUCUCUACAAUGAGAAAGAAAAAUCUAGUCCCAACAAGAAAAGAUAAAAAACAAAACAACCCCACCAUAUUUCCUGUUUGUAUGCAUACUUAAGCCCAAUUUAUAUCCCAAAACAAAUAUUACUGUUUCUAAACCCAUCAAAUAAAAAUAGUAAAUGUGGUCAAUUCUACCUGGUUCUAUGAUUGAUCAUUAUUAAGAUUAAUGGAAAACUCUAGAAAUUGUUAGCAAUUUCACCACAAUCUGCAGAGGUCUGCAUGGGAGACAUUUACCUUUGUCUUCCAGUAUCACAGAAAGAAAGCACUAUGCACAGUGCAUGGAGUUUCCUAAGGGCACUAAUUCUCAUUAAAUUAAUACCCAAUUCCCCUGAAUCUGAUAUCUGAGGCCAAGGUUUUUGAGAGUGACUAGUGAUUUUUGGAUGCUUCAAUUCUGAGUGCCCAACUUCAGACACCUGAGAGCAGCCUCGUUUUCAAAGAGUGGGUGCUCAACUCUUUCUGAAAAUCAGACCUUAAGGGGGACCCAAAAAUUGGGCCUCUCAAAAUUACUAGUCACUGUUGAAAAUCUUGACCUUUGUAAAUCCAUUAGACAACUUUGAAAUUCCCAUCCGUAUUAGUAUCGCUAUUAAAAACAAAGCAAAUGUAGAAGUCUGUUUUCCUACACCAUGUUUGCUGACUAUGAAGAUUUCAGAGGACCAAUAUUUGUAUUAAAUGAAGUUUUACAGUUUCCAUAGCUAAAUGAAAUAUAGUAUUAUCCCAGUACGACACAGCUAGUAUGCUUUCUUGAAUGUUUUUGUGUAGAUUUUUUUCCCCACACACAUAUGAGUAAAUAAAUCUAUGAUUCCUGAAAUGAUUUUGGUUCCAUUUUAAAUGCA